AUGACUUUCAAGCAGCCUCUUGUUCUUCCGCCCGGGGUUGACGCCUCUCAUUUCGAAGCCUAUCUAGAGGCUGUAACGGAAGUCAUAGGAAGCGAGAAUGUCACUGUCAUUACCAGCGAGGACGUGCUAGACAAGGAGUCAUACCUCGACCCCUCGAAGGCUCACGACAUGUUCAACGUCUUCGACAAGGACUAUUUCAUCGCCUCUGCGGUCGUUGCUCCCCGCAAGGUCACGGACGUGCAGGCAAUAAUGCGGCUCUGCAACGAGUUCAAAGUCCCGGUGUGGCCUUUUUCUAUUGGCCGUAAUGUUGGGUACGGUGGCGCUGCCCCUCGUGUGCCGGGUAGCAUCGGCCUGGACAUGGGAAGAAAUAUGAACAAGGUGCUGGAGGUCAGCGAGCAGAAUGCCUACUGCUUAUUGGAGCCAGGAGUCACGUACCAAGACCUGUAUGAUCACCUGGUUGAGAAGAAGUUGAACGACAAGUUGUGGAUUGAUGUCCCUGACCUCGGAGGUGGUUCAGUCUUGGGAAACUGUAUUGAGCGUGGUGUUGGCUACACGCCUUACGGUGACCACUUCAUGAUGCAUUGUGGAAUGGAGAUUGUGCUACCCAGUGGAGAGCUGGUUCGUACAGGAAUGGGUGCUAUGCCCAACCCAAGCGCGUCAUCGGCUGACGGGACUGUGGAUGAGCAACCUGGCAACAGAUGCUGGCAACUAUUCAAUUACGGCUAUGGUCCAUACCAUGACGGUAUUUUCUCUCAGAGCAAUUACGGGGUUGUCGUUAAGAUGGGAAUGUGGUUAAUGCCCAACCCCGGGGGCUUCCAGCCUUAUUUAAUCACGUUCGAAAGGGAUGAGGAUUUGCCGCAGAUCGUCGAAAGAAUCCGUCAACUCCGGUUGGCAAUGGUUUUGAUGAAUGUUCCAAGCAUUCGCCAUAUUCUCCUUGAUGCCGCUGUGAUGGGCACAAAGAGAUCAUAUAAGGAUGUCAACCGGCCAUUAACAGAGGAGGAGCUUGUGCAAAUCCAAAAUCAGCUUGGUAUUGGCCGCUGGAACUUUUACGGCGCAUUGUAUGGGCCAGAGGUCAUGCGAAACGCUCAAUGGGAAGUCAUCAAGGGCACCUUCGGCCAGAUUCCUGGAUCCAAGUUCUUUUGGCCUGAGGAGGGCAAAAAGUCACCAGGCGUCCUAGAUAUCCGCGCCAAGACGUUUGCCGGUAUUCCAAGCACGGACGAGCUCAAAUGGGUGGACUGGCUGCCCAACGGCGCACACUUGUUCUUCUCACCUAUCUCCGAGAUUACCGGAGAUGCCGCCAAUCUGCAGUAUUCUAUCACCAAGAAGCGAGUGCUAGAGGCCGGGUUCGACUUUAUCGGCACUUUCACCAUCGGCAUGCGCGAAAUGCACCAUAUCGUUUGUCUUGUAUUUGACCGCAAGGAUACUGAGCAGAGAAACAGGGUGCAUAAUCUGAUACGUACGUUGAUCCAAGACUGCGCUGCGCAUGGAUGGGGUGAAUACCGUACCCAUCUCGCGCUCAUGGAUCAGAUUGCCGGUACAUACAGCUGGAAUGACCACGCACUGCUAAAGUUUAGCGAGACCCUCAAGAAUGCUAUCGAUCCUAACGGAAUCUUGGCACCUGGUAAAAACGGCGUAUGGCCUAGCUCGUAUAGUAAGUCCGAGUGGCAACUCACAGCUGCUUCGUCCUUGCAGAGGCGAUGCUAG